AUGCAGUCGGACGGAAAGGACAAGAGCGCGAACCCCAUGCGCGAGCUGCGCAUCCAGAAGCUCGUGCUGAACAUCAGUGUCGGCGAGUCUGGUGACAGACUUACCCGUGCUGCUAAAGUGCUCGAGCAGCUGAGCGGUCAGACUCCAGUCUACAGCAAGGCCCGCUACACUGUCCGUACCUUCGGUAUCCGUCGUAACGAAAAGAUUGCCGUCCACGUUACCGUCCGUGGCCCCAAGGCCGAGGAGAUCCUCGAGCGUGGCCUCAAGGUCAAGGAAUACGAGCUGAGAAAGAAGAACUUCUCCGAGACCGGCAACUUCGGCUUCGGUAUCAGCGAGCACAUCGAUCUCGGUAUCAAGUACGACCCUGGUAUCGGUAUCUACGGUAUGGACUUCUACUGCUGCAUGACUCGUCCUGGUGAGCGUGUUGCCAAGCGCCGCCGCUGCAAGUCUCGCAUCGGUUCCAGCCACAAGAUCACCCAGUCUGAGACUAUCAAGUGGUUCAAGAACCGCUUCGACGGCAUUGUCCGGUAA